GGCAAAGCGCGUAAGUGUAGCAGUCUUCUCGGACCGAAUGGAUAAAAUUAGGCGUAAUCGACAAUUAAGAUAGUAACUUGAAACAUGUAUCUCAUGAUUUAUGUAUUGGGGACGGUAAGUCUGCUGGCCUUUGGCGGACAGUGUGAGUUAACAUUGGACAAGGUGUAUGUCAUGUUGUCUGCUAGAUAAGACACACUAAUGUUGGAGCAGAAUAUAAUCAAAAAGGAGCAGGAUGUAAUAAGAAGAGAUAUAAAGGAUCGUAUAACAUCGAUGGCCGCAACGAACCAGCAGCUCAGUGAGGUGGCUUCUUUUAAUCAGAAGCUGACAUCUGUCUAGGAGAGACUCGAUAAUAUGGACAGUCAAGUGAAAGACAUAGAAACGGUAGAAGUAGAGCGACGCACGCACCUGUUAAGACGCGGACUUGAGCAGGAGAAGGCAGCAACCCAGUCACGAUUGAAUUCUGUUCAGAAGAUUCAGGAGGGCGUACAGUCCGAUAUUAAAAUAUUGAUGAGUGCUUAUGACGACUUUCGAGUUUUAAAACAGGAAGUGGCGGACUCGGUUGGACGCAUUGAAAACCUUGAAAAGAUGCAGUCACACGUGAAAGGAGCAGUAAACAAAACACAAGCUCAAAUAGCGACUAUGGAGCAGAAAGUAGCAGCUCUUCGGGGCAACACUCACACUCUCCAGUCACGGGUUCAAAGUCUGGAGCAGACGCAAACGGAUCUCAAAUCAAAGACAAGGGAUAUCGAAUCACAAGUCGAUACGACACGAAUACAGACCUUUGUAAGGAUUAUCACUCUGGAAAAGACGCAGUCGGACAUAAAAGGUGCAGCAAACAAACAACAAGAUCAAAUAGCUACCGUGGAACAGAAUGUAACAGCUACGCAGAACAACACUCACAAUCUCCAGUCACUAGUUCAAAGUAUGGAAAGGAAGCAAACGGAUCUAAAUGCAAAGACAUACACUCUCGAAUCAAAAAUCGAUACGACUCGAGAACAGAUCGUUCAAAGGAUUGAGACACUCGAAAAGACGCAGUCAGACAUGAAAGAAGCAGCAAACAAAACACAAGCUCAAAUUGCUACCGUGGAGCAGAAAGUAGCAGUAAUGCAGUACAACACUCACUAUCUCCAGUCACGGGUUCAAAGUCUGGAGGGGACGCAAGCGGAUCUUAAAACAAAGACAAGGGCUAUCGAAUCACAAGUCGAAACGACACGAGGACAUAUCGUUGGAAGGAUUGAAACUCUGGAAAAGACGCUGUCCGACAUGAAAGUAGCAGCAAUCAAAACACAAGCUGAAAUAGCUACCGUUGAACAGAGAGUAGCAGCUACACAGAGUAACACCCACUCUCUUCAGUCACGGGUUCUUAGUCUGGAGAGGACGCAAGCGGAUCUUCAAUCAAAGACAAGGACUAUCGAAUCACAAGUCGAUACGACACGAGGGCAUAUAUCCGGACCGCAGAAAAUCACAGGAACCUUUGUCGGUUUCUCAACCGAGCUUCAAACAAAAAGCGAAUAUUAUUCCAAAGAUACUGUCAUCAAAUUCGACCAUGUUCACUACAACGAAGGAAGCAACUACAGCCCCAGUACCGGCAUCUUCACUGUACCUGUGACUGGUGUAUAUGUCUUUAUGUUUAACGUUGAAGUAAACAAUGAUUUUAUAGACGACACUCGCCAGGCAUAUGUUGCUUUGAUGGUGAAUGGUGGUUACAAAGCACUAGCCCUUGCGCAAGGCCUGUGGAGUUUGACCGGCGGGAAUGCAGCCGUGGUGAAAGUCUCAGCAGGGGACAGGGUCUAUGUAUCCACCGCAAACAUUGAUGAGCGAGAGCGGUAUUACAUUUUUCCGUAUAGAACCUCGUUCAGUGGCGCUCUUCUACACAUGAUUUAAUAAAGCCGACAUAACCGGGCAAUCGGCAAAAUGAUCAAGUUCACUUGAAAUGACACACGAUUUGCGACAUUAAGUUUAUAAUACUAUAACAUCACACCCCAUAUAGUGUGAUUCAAUCUAUUCUCAACCAGUUAAUGAUAAUUUCAACCGAUACCGAAUACCAUUACUCUCCUCGGCGUACAGUAUUUACUAUAUCACGAAAGAUGGUUAUGCUAUGUUUGUUGUUAUACCGAAUAACCAUGUUGUACUUUAAAUAACAAAUUCGUCGAACGUGCAGAUUGUUUUAGUGAAGGUACACCACUCAUUAACAUUGAUGCUAAAAAACAUUUUUAAUGAGCGCCUAUCAAUUGUUAGCUUAGACGGGGCUUUAAAAAAACAACGUGUACCUAUUUUUAAGCCCAAGCGCGGUUUAUAUUAAAUGGAUAUUUUAACAGAUUGUGGCAUGAAUUGUAGUUUGACAUUAAAUACUUCAUGUUAAUAAAAGUAAAUAUUGGAUCUAGAAAACUCCAGUAAAAAAACAAACAAGAAUAUAAUUGAAGAAGGGAAAAUAGUAAUCCUAAACUGAGCUGAAACCACUGACCCCUGGGGUAAAAGUCUAACGCUCAGGCCACUCGGUCAUCCGUACUCAUACAAUGAGUGAUGCAUGUCAUGUUUAUAUAAGCAAUCCUCGUAGUGUCACAAAAUAAACGACAGCAACAUAACUCUCCAAAUUAUUCAAUCAGUUCGCGUUAAAAAGUUUGAUACUUUUCAGGUUUUUUAUAUCGUCAACAGAUGCAAAUAUUGGGUAAUUUAGAUCAUUGUUCAGAAUUACUGUUUCCUCACAAACAUCAUAACUACAACGAAAUUGUGUAUCAGAAACAUUUCUUUUUAAUUGUGUCAAUUUAACAACACGUGAAACGGCCCCUUUAAAACGAUAUACCACUUGGGUUAUACAACAUUGCAAGGCCAUGGUAAAAAAAUAUAAUGGGGAAUCGAUAUACAGUAUGGACAUUUAACAUUGAAAAGGCAUUGCAGGUAAAAUAUUUAUAUCAAAUACAUCGUAUAAUGGUUAUGUCAAUCAAAACAUCCUGAUACAGAGGGAUUACUAUGCGUUGUAUAAUCCUAUAUGAAGCUUGAUAUGUAUGUAUUUAUUUUUACCAAAUCAACAAUGCCUUCGUACCCAAAUUACUGCAUUGUCUUAAAUAAUGUUAAUAAAAUGUGGCAUCAUGUAAUAAUCAGCUUCCUUAAAUGAUUCGUCCUGUCCGUUUUUCUAAACCAUUCACUAAACAUAAGCACAGCACGUGAAGUAAACAUCAUUUAUAAGUUUUAUAAAUAAUUGCAACUACGAGAAAUGUACACGCAAACACGGGAAAGUUGUUUCGCGUACCGAACAAUCAAAUUGGCGUUUAUGCACUUUAUACUUUUAUUCAGACACUUGUGCUUGGAAGACACUCUCAAAAAGUUAAGGAAGGGACAUUACUCAAGCUCAUUACUUGCCGCUCACAAAAUUCAGGGGACACAUGUUUCAUUAUUAUAAAAAUUAAUAUGUUCUAUAACGUUUAUAAUCAAAGCGCUGAAGGCACUGAAUAUGUUCGCUAUUGCAUAAUUUAACACGCAAUUCAUUUUAGAAAAUCAAUCGCAAGUUUGAAAUGAACACACGCCAUUCAACUUUAUAAAGUGUGUGUCAUAGCGCACGGGUCGAGUUUUGUGUGCACUUUUUAUCAUCCUUAUUAUUUCAUAGAAAUAACUAAGACAAAAUAAAAACAACAUGCUUUUUGGAAGUUCUGAAAGCAUAGAAAGUAUGAUGAAAAUGGUAAUGAUAACUUAAUAUAAAGAAAAUUUGCAGUCACCAUCAUAUUAAAGGAAUAUGUUUUUCUAAUAUCAAAUGACUAUCUCACCAAGAAUAUAAAUUCAUAAUGAAAGUUCCGUGUACAAAACUUUUGAUUUUUGACACCAUAUACAAAUUCAAAAUAUACAAUUAUCUUCGUAUCUUGUAUAUGGAGGAAUAAAAGUAUAUAAACAUUGCUGUUUAUGCUUUACUUGUUACCCGAGCAGUUCACACGGUGUCAACAACGCUAACAUAAAC